AACUUAUGAUAUAGCUAUCUGUGACAUUAGUUGGAAAACAUUUCAAACUCGGGUGAUCUUUCAAAAAUAUAAACACUGUAACAUUAACCGUAUAUAAAAGAAAAACUUUUUGUGCAAAAAAUGAUGUCGUCUCAAGAAAACAACAAUAACAAUCUUUGAAUAAUCUGCAUGUUAAGAAUUUCAAUAGAGUUGGAACCAACAUCGAAGUUAACUGUUAGCACUAACCGUUAUUUAUAUUAGUCUAUAUAUACAUGCCCUAAUAUAUGUGUUAACUCAUACCCGAAAAAAAACUUAAGUUACAAAUGGAAGAGGUAAUGUCAAUUAUCUUCCACGGAUUGAAACUGGUUGAUGAGCUUAAGUCAAGCUUACAGGAAAAGUCACCGGAAUCUCUGUCCACCUCUCUCGACGAGAUCACAAAGACAUUUGAUGAUGCAAAAGAGCGGUUGAAGAUAGUCCUUGUGAUCAGGAACUCGGAGACCACAAUGAACCAAGUCAAACCGGUGAUCUCUUCUUGCUCAGACCGGAUGCUAAUGCAGAUUGAACCGGAUGAUCUGAUGCAUGAGUAUUGGUUAAGGUAUGGUGGGUCCACGUCAUCUCAUGGAACCGAAGCCGUGACUCAAAGGCAGCUCAUGGCCGUUGAUGGUAACGGCGGAAGAAAUUUGACGGCUACGGAAAGAUCAGGUGGCUCCGGUAGCGGUUCCUCCACGCCAAGGCAACGUAGAAGGAAAAACGAAGGAGAAGAACAAACGGUGUUGGUGCCGGCGUUAAGGUCGGGAAACACAGAUCUACCACCUGAUGAUAGCCAUACUUGGCGUAAAUACGGCCAAAAGGAAAUUCUUCACUCAAAGUUUCCUAGGGCGUACUAUAGAUGCACCCACCAAAAGUUAUACAAUUGUCCAGCCAAGAAGCAAGUCCAACGCCUCAACGACGAUCCCUUCACCUUUCGAGUCACUUACCGUGGCUCACACACUUGCCACAUCUACUCAACCGCUCCCACCGCUUCUGCUACUGCCCCCACCGCUCUAAUCACAACUACAACCACAACUAGCCAUCCCGUUGACUAUGGUCCCUUUUUCGACAUGGCCGAAGCUAUGAUGCUCGGUAGCUGCGGUAUUGGGGCCAACAUGGAUUUCAUAUUUCCUUGCAAUGAUCCACCUCAUCAUCAUCACUGUUACCAGAGGUCAGAAGACGGAGACGGAGACAAAUAGGAUACCGGAGACAUAUCAUUCAUAUAUAUAUCUACAGAAAAAGGACAUGUUUAAUUUAAUUUAUUAAUUAUUUAAGUUUUGUAUAUUACACGUGAUUCUAGUUUGGGAUCUAAUGGGAAACCAAUUCUUUUAAAUUA